AUGGCCAGAUUGUCGCAGACGCUUCCGGAUCUGUCCAAACUGCGGCUGACUGCCGACAUUCCUUUCCACACAACAAACAAGACCUUGAACGACUUGCCAGUCGAUAUUCUUGCUCGCAUCAUCAAGCACGUCCUACCAAAGUCUCUAGUCGUCCGAGCUGACAAUCCUCUUGGUCGUUGGCAACACGAUUGGCGUCCGAUGUGGCUCCCUAGACUACGUCUCGUCACCAAGAAGAUUGGGAAGGUUGCUGAAGAAGUCAUCUCCAUCAACGCUGGUCUGUCCGCAUGCGACUGGGAAGACACUGGUAACUCCUUACAAGCGCUUUAUCGCAAACAGCACGAGAAGGUCAGCGACUCGCCCAAGUGGGGUUCGACACGCUCGAUAGAGUUGGCCAACGUCUUUCCAGUGUACCUCAUGAGCAAUGUCAAGCAUUUCCGGCUUUGCCUGAAUCGCCAACGCUUCAGUUACCGCUAUGACUCGAUCGACCUGUCGAUAUUCCCCAACCUCAUAGAGCUCGAGAUCACCGCCGGUGACCCUGCGAAAGACAUUAUGCAUUACGCAAUGUGGCUCGGCCACUUCAGCAACAUGAGCAUGGUCAAGAAAGGGUACAACGACAAGAGAGUCACUGCUCUGAAGAAGGCGCUGGAUGAGGUCGGCGUUAUGCGGCCAGAGCUGUUGAGGACCUUCGCCAACUGUAAUGCACGACGUGUUCAAGAAGGGAAACCGCUUUACAAUCAAGCAUCCGAGGAUAUGUACAAUUACACAAUGUUCUUCCGCAUAGGUUGGAUGCAGGUCCUCUCAGCCAAGAGAUUGUUCCGACUUUACACCACAGAAGUGCUGGGUAUCGACAGCAAGAACAUCAAGGGUUGGAGGCCAGACAUGCUGAUUAGGGUGCACUAUGCUGACGAGAUGAGUACGCCACAGAAUGCCGAGGAAAUCAUUACCGUGUGGAUCACCGAGAGCGAUUACGGUACUAAGCUACGAAGUGAGGCUCUGCUGAAUCGCUACGCCAACUACGAAUACUACAACAUGUAG